UGGGUCUCUCUUGAAAAUUGUUUAGGUGUUCUUUCUCUCUCUCACUCUCUGUUCCUAUUUAUCUUUCAGUCUCAUACCUUACCCUCUAGCAAUGGCUGCAGAUGAUACUCCUCCGCGUUUCUUUAAGGUUUUCAUCUCCCAUCACAGCUCAGAUUCCAUGCUGAUUCCCAUUUCCUACAACGAUGAACUUCCAAGAACUUUGCCCAAAACAGCCAUUCUCCAAGGAACUGGUGGGUGCGUUUGGAAAGUUGAGAUGAAGAGGAAGAGAGAUGAGGUGUAUUUUGGAAAAGGAUGGAACAAAUUUGUUACAGACAAUUCUCUUACCGACGGAGACUUUCUGACCUUUGUGUAUAAUGGAGACAACGUUUUCGAGGUCAGCAUCUAUGCUCUUGGUGGAUGUAAGGAGAUUAGAGCAGUCACUGAAGUUGAGGAUGUCAAAGAAGACAGUGUUGUGUCUCUAAGCAGCGAAGACACAGAUACUAGUUCUGAAUCCGAUAUGGCCAAUACAAUCGACAAGAACAAAGGGAAGUCUCAAGUGGUAGGAGUUGAGGACGAGUCUGAAGACGAAGAAGACAGUGAUUAUAAAGAAGACAGUACUGACAGUGAUUAUGAAGACAGUGACAGUGAUUAUAGUGAAGCUUCUAAUGACUUGUAUGCAUUUAAUGAGAGUUCUAAAUCUGUGGCACUGCCAAAGAAGAAGAGGGAGAGAGCGGUCAAGAAGAUCAAAGACCCGGAGAAAUAUUUGGUUGAUCCAAAUAAUGUGUUCUUUGAGACAAGCGUGAAGAAUAGGCCAUAUGAGCUGUUGGUUAAAGGACAACUAGUGAAAGACUAUGACUUAAAGUUUGAAAAAAUGGUUUACUACAUUGACCAUCACAAGGACGGAAAGCUACAAGCGAAAGCAACACAGUGGUCGGAUCAUCGCGUGUGUAUCAUGAAAUGGAACCACAUAUGCAAGAGGAACAAGUUGAAGAAAGGAGAUGGCAUAUUGUGUGAACUUAAGCGCAGACAGGGUGUGGUUUACGCCGUUAUCAUCCAUAUCGUUCGGGAAAAGGAUUUGUAAACAGAUUGAGUACUUGGAGGAGAACUUGCAGGUCGAUUACAUGAGCUUGUCUUUUAAUUUUAUGUUAUGUUUUGAGUGUAGUAGCUCACUGAUAGCCUAUCAGAAAUUUUUAUAUUUUCAUUUUCUAGUAACGUAUGCAACCUUGAACUCGUGGACUAUUUUCUCCAUCGUUUUUAAUGCUUAUAAUGUUUCCUGAACUUCAAGAUAUAAUCU